CCGCCCGCGGCUGCUCCGGACCUAGAGGAUCAAGACAUAAUGGGAGCAUUUUUAGACAAGCCAAAGAUGGAAAAGCAUAAUGCCCAGGGGCAGGGUAAUGGGUUGCGAUAUGGGCUCAGCAGCAUGCAAGGUUGGCGAGUUGAAAUGGAGGAUGCACAUACGGCUGUGAUUGGUUUGCCAAGUGGACUUGAAACAUGGUCGUUCUUUGCUGUUUAUGAUGGGCAUGCUGGUUCUCAGGUUGCCAAAUACUGCUGUGAGCAUUUGUUAGAUCACAUCACCAAUAACCAGGAUUUUAAAGGGUCUGCAGGAGCACCUUCUGUGGAGAACGUAAAGAAUGGAAUCAGAACAGGCUUUCUGGAGAUUGAUGAACACAUGAGAGUCAUGUCCGAGAAGAAGCAUGGUGCAGAUAGGAGUGGGUCGACAGCUGUGGGUGUCUUAAUUUCUCCCCAACAUACUUAUUUCAUUAACUGUGGAGACUCAAGAGGCUUACUUUGUAGGAACAGGAAAGUUCACUUCUUCACACAAGAUCACAAACCAAGUAAUCCACUGGAGAAAGAACGAAUUCAGAAUGCAGGUGGCUCUGUAAUGAUUCAGCGUGUGAAUGGCUCUCUGGCAGUGUCAAGGGCCCUUGGGGAUUUUGAUUACAAAUGUGUCCAUGGAAAAGGUCCUACAGAGCAGCUUGUCUCCCCAGAGCCUGAAGUCCAUGAUAUUGAAAGAUCUGAAGAAGAUGAUCAAUUCAUUAUUCUUGCAUGUGAUGGUAUCUGGGAUGUUAUGGGAAAUGAAGAGCUCUGUGAUUUUGUAAGAUCCAGACUUGAAGUCACUGAUGAUCUUGAGAAAGUUUGCAAUGAAGUAGUCGACACCUGUUUGUAUAAGGGAAGUCGAGACAACAUGAGUGUGAUUUUGAUCUGUUUU